UAUAAAGAGACAUUUGAAGUUAGUCUCUGCAAUGGCUAAGGUUUAGUAAAUUUCAUGUAUUAGUUAUCAUCAAUGAUUCACGCACUGUCAAUUAUAUUCUCCAGAUAUAAGGAAAAAUAUAUUUUCCAUUUGAUUCUCACAUAGUACCUGACGCUUAGUAGACAUGUGUAUUUGCCCUCAGAUGGAGACAGUCUUAGAGUCUAGUUCCCAACAUAUCGUGCAUUCCAUCUCGAUGAAUCAUGUACAAAACAUGACCAAUUUCGAUCCUGGCAGAGCAAUUGUGGAGACCUUAUCUACCAUUGGGCCUCAAGUCGCACGACAAUGGAUGCGAUACAAUAACCAAACUGUAGCUGACAAAGUUCCAGCUGAAAUGCUUCACUUGAUUGAUCCACACUGGUACCACUUUCCACCUAUGAAUCCGUUGUGGCAUAAGAUACUAGGUCUUGUAAUGAUCGUUCUGGGCAUAAUGGGGUGGUGUGGCAAUGGUGUUGUGGUCUACGUGUUCUUGUUAACUCCGUCUUUGAGGACGCCAAGUAAUCUUCUCGUUGUCAAUCUUGCUUUCUCCGACUUCCUUAUGAUGAUGAUAAUGUCUCCACCCAUGGUUAUCAAUUGUUAUUUUGAGACAUGGGUUCUCGGAACUCUGAUGUGUGAUGUUUACGCUAUGGUUGGAUCGCUUUGCGGAUGUGCAUCCAUUUGGACUAUGACUGCAAUUGCCCUGGAUCGGUAUAACGUCAUUGUUAAGGGAAUGUCUGGCACGCCAUUCACUAUCAAAAAAGCAAUUCUUGAGAUUUUGCUAAUUUGGCUGUUUGGAUUUGUCUGGAGCAUUUUACCUAUGGUCGGAUGGAACAGGUAUGUCCCAGAAGGUAACAUGACUUCUUGUGGAACGGAUUAUCUGACCAAGGAAUGGUUGGCCAAGUCUUAUAUCCUUGUUUAUUCUGUCUUUGUUUAUUACAUCCCUCUCUUCACAAUAAUUUACAGCUAUUAUCAUAUCGUGUCGACAGUCGCCGCACAUGAGAAGGCCAUGCGAGAUCAGGCUAAAAAAAUGAACGUUGCCUCUCUGAGGUCUGGUGACAAUCAGGCAGCCAGUGCUGAAGCAAAACUUGCUAAAGUUGCACUAACCACCAUAUCCCUGUGGUUUAUGGCUUGGACUCCUUAUUUAGUCAUCAACUACAUGGGCGUUUUUAAUGCUCCCAAUAUAACUCCACUUUUUACUAUUUGGGGGUCGCUUUUUGCCAAAGCAAACGCUAUCUACAAUCCAAUUGUUUAUGGCAUCAGCCAUCCAAAGUACAGAGCAGCACUUAAAGAGAAGUUGCCAUUUUUGGUUUGUGGAUCAACAGAACAGCCAGCCUCCAAUGCUCCAGCACCACCUCCAGCAAACACUGAUGCAGCAUCUACAAAUACAGCGGAUGCCAAAGCUUGAGAAGCAGGGACCACUAAAAGAAUUGAGACCCUUUCUUCAGGGUCUUUAACACAUUACAUUGCAACGACUUUCAAAUUUAGGACGAGAUCUAUGCUUAAUAAGAUGGCUCUUAUUUUCCCUUAUCCUGUGCAACAUUUUGUCGAUGUAGAAGCGAUAUAUUUCGCUUAUAGAAUACCGUGAGUAAUUGUCAAGACCACUUAUUACAGCGUUGAUAAGUACAGGUAGUUGACAAUCGUACGGGGUGUAUUGAAAAGUAUCAUUUGGAUGAAAAUUCAAUUACACGGUAGAAAACACGACUUCUUCAUGAAGAUACUCUGCCAAAGGGAAGAAGGUAAGUUACAUGCAAUAGUAAAUCUGUCAAAAUUGUCUUUCGACCUUUGUACUCCUUUGUUGACCAAAAUGGCGGCCUAAUUUAUGUCUUUAUAUGAACUCAUGUAAUAAACCAUCCUGAGCAUAUAA